UGUCCCCUGCUUGUAUCCAAACCCAUUUUCUCUCUUUCUUAUCUCUCUCCCCGAACAAACUCCCACAAAUUUACCCAAAAAAAAAAAAACGAAAUUAAAAAUGUCUUCUCCAAGCAAACGCAGAGAGAUGGAUUUGAUGAAGCUGAUGAUGAGUGAUUACAAAGUCGAGAUGAUCAACGAUGGGAUGCAAGAAUUUUAUGUGCAUUUCCAUGGACCUGCUGACAGUCCAUACCAUGGAGGUGUGUGGAAGCUAAGGGUUGAGCUUCCGGAUGCUUAUCCUUAUAAAUCUCCAUCCAUUGGCUUCGUUAACAAAAUUUACCAUCCAAAUGUUGAUGAAAUGUCUGGUUCAGUUUGCUUGGAUGUGAUUAAUCAGACAUGGAGCCCCAUGUUCGACUUGGUGAACGUGUUUGAGGUGUUCCUUCCGCAACUUUUGUUGUACCCUAAUGCUUCGGAUCCGUUGAAUGGAGAGGCCGCGGCUCUCAUGAUGCGUGAUAAAUCUUCUUAUGAACAACGAGUGAAAGAGUACUGUGAGAAGUAUGCGAAGGCGGAAGAUGUGGGUGCUCUUCCGGAGGAGAAAUCGAGCGAUGAGGAACUGAGCGAAGAUGAAUACGACUCGGGAGAUGAUGACAUGGCAGCAGGCCCGGUAGACCCGUAAUCCACCCGAUUGAUCAUCUUUAGCUACUCGGUGUUUGUACAUUAUGUUUUAGUUGUUUAAAUCGUGUAACUUUGCCGUAAAAAAAACGACGAUUAAUAUGGGAAGGGAUGAAAAAUGAAAAUCCCAGUCCCAAUGUUAAUUUCAUGCGUAUGUACAUAAAUUUGUUUGGCUUUGUUCAUAUACAUUGUGGCUCAUUUGCUUCAUUUUCGUAUGAUUUUGUACA